AUGGUCCAGAAUUUAUAUGCAAAGGCCAAAGGAGGUAGCAAGAGAGAGGAACUUAACUCAAAAGUGAGAAGAUUCCACAUUUUUGAAGGACAAACACUUUCAGUAACUUGCUUGAGGGAAGAAACUGAGGCUAUUAGAGAUGAACUGGAGGAGUGGAAGCAGAAUUACCAGCAUCUUGAAGCAGAGAGUAAACAGCUAUUUGCAGAAAUGUAUUUAGCCAUUCAAGAGAAGGAACAAAGUUUGUCUAACCUUCAGUCAAAGAAUGAAGAACUCCAACAUUACUUCGAGAAAAUUGAAAAUUCAGACAAAACUUAUGUGGGGAAAGAUAUAUCAGAGGUGAAGAAGAAGUCUCGCACUUUAAAGGAAUUUAUGUGUAGAGCCAAAACUGCUUUGUGGUUUGCAAAGUCAUUUGGACUGGAACUAGAGUCAAUGACUAUGAAUGAGCAAAAGACUGGCAUCAGUCACACAGUAAUGGCUGAAGACCAGAUGUCAAAUUACAAUGGGAACUCAAAUGCAUUUGACUCACUGUCUGAAGAGGAGAAGUCCAAAGUAGAAAAGGUGCUAUUUUUAUUAGAUAAAUUUUGUGUUGGAGACAACUUUUUUAUCAUGAGCUUACAAUGGUAG